AUGUGGUUAUUCUUUAUCAUGUCUAUUCUACUAAAUAUUUUCUACACUUAGCAGCGGUCAGUUAAAAAACUGUCAUUUUCCAUUUACCAUUCGCACUGGCGACUUUUUUUCAAAACAAGGUGUAUACAGUCAAUUAUCGCUAUUUUGACCUUAAAGUUUAACUAGGAAUAAGCUAAAAUUUAAAUUUGAAAAUGGAACACAAAGAUUGCUUCGAUCCUGCCAGAAAUGUGGCAGACAUGUAUAACAUUAUCACUCUCCAAAUGGGUUUCUUCUUCUUCUUUUUUUUUUUACUUUUUAUCAAAAGUUUUUGCUUUCAAAACCGGAAGAAGCUCAAAGUUAAAACAGCAUCUUCGAAAUGAAAUUACUUCUGUAUGUACUGGUUGUAUGUUACGAUACAAAUAGUGCGUGGCGAAGGGGUUUUUCAACAGCGUCACCUGUCUUCAAUAUCUUUUUUUUUUUUUUUGCUUUUUUAUUUCAUUUUCCUAAUACAAUUCUUCGAAGGAUCAAGUAAAUGAACACAAAAGAUUGCUCUGCUGCUUGUCUCAACAUUAUACGCGCAAAGUGGGUUCGGCAUCGAUAUUGAUCCUGUAUGUGUGUUGAUGCUAGGGCGAUCGCUUCUCAUCCCCCGUAAUAACCCCGCUUGUCGCCGCAGGGGUGUAAUUGGGAUUAUACAUGUAAAAUAUACUAGAAAGAGGAACCUGAGCAGAGUCUCUCUUCAUUGGACGAAAGUCUAAUGAUGUUGCGUUAAAAAAUAGUUAUAUCCGGCUACUGUUUUCAUACAGUUUACUUUUGUCUCCAUUUGAUACGGCUUUAAUAAUAACAUAGGGCAGAUGGUUGAUAGUACAAAGACUACGAUCGUGUUAUUCGUUUUGUCAUUCUAGGAAAGUCGCCAAGUGUAAUAUUGCAUAUCAUUACGCACUCAAAACUUAUGAAUUUAUCAUGAAUUUAUCUUCUGUUGAUGCGAGGUUAAGCACCUUACAAAGGCAACUCACUUCACGAUCAACAGCUCGCAUUGCCUUGGAGACUUUGACGUUUGACGUGCUCCAUGUUAUAGGUCUGGUCGGUAACUCUCUUGUCUUGUGGAUCGUCAACAAAAAGAGGCAUCAGCGCAAGACCAUUAACUUAUUCGUCGGAGCACUAGCAGUUUCGGAUCUUCUGCUGAUUGUUAACUUAGCAUGUUUUUCAAGCCCUUCAGUAGUGCUAGGAAAGUGGCCGUUUUCUGGCUUCUUCUGUCAAUUCCAUGGGCUCUGCAUCGCACUUCUUGCUAGCGCAUCGCUAUUGCUUAUGGCUGUCACUGCUGUCAAUCGCUACCUCCAAGUCGUGCACGCGAACUAUUAUCGAAGGUUGUUCACCCGAAAGCGCACGAAACUCUUCAUUUAUGGGACGUGGGCGUUGGCUUCCAUUUCGCCAAUCCAAUAUUUGGCGAGCGGAGAAUUGUAUUUUUUCAACCCUGGAAAAUUAUUUUGUUUUCAAGGACCUGACUUAAACCCAAAUACUUUGUUUGUAUACAUAAGUGGUGGUACUUCGAUGUUUGUAGUGUUAUUGUGUUAUCAGAAGAUCUUUCAGACCAUUCGUAAUCACCAGGGCAGAGUUACUGCCAUGCAACAAAACACCAACCCCAUAAACGGGCCAAACAUUCAAGAUAUCAAAAUCACUCGAACUCUUUUCUUGACUGUGGUGGGAUUUGUGUGUUGUUGGACUCCGAUUUUGAUCAUCGAUUUUAUCGACCUUGCUCGAGGCACAUUCUCAUUUCCUCGGGAACUUUACCUAUUCUAUUCCUGGCUUGGAGCGCUAUCUUCCGUCAUAAAUCCUUUUAUAUACGGCGUUAUGAACCCUAUGUUCCGAGAAGAAUUCAAGAGGAUCUACCUCAGAGUACGAUGUAUUGAUAGCAGCCAGGUGGAGGUGUUUUAGUAAACACUCGCUAUGCCAUAUCUGAUUGGGGAUGUAGUGUUUAUGAAUCAUUUUACACACGGCGUUAUGAACCCUUUGUUCCGAGAGGAAGACUAUAAAUAUCUGAUUUAGAAUACAAAAUACAGUUAAAAACCGAGUAAGAACCUUCAUUUCUGUGAGUUAGCCUAAACAGGUUUUUGUUCAAAUGGAAACUUCCUACUUCAACAAAUAGGAUUCUUGAAAUAGCUUUGCAGCUGCAACACUUAAUAAAAUGAUUAAGAAAAUAUGAA